GCAAAGUUUCAAAACAUUAUAUGCCAGCCGAAACAUCUCAAAGAAGGGCUUUUAGCGUAUCAACUCGAAACUUUGUUAGCAACUAUUGAAGGCUAUAACAAUGAUGGAUGACGACGUGGUCGUCCCGGAUGACAAUGAUAUCCACCAAUGCAACUUAUGCCAAGCCUCGUUGCAUGGUUUGGAGAGUUACAUCCGUCAUCGAAGAGACCGACUUUGCCCCAAAUUAACCACGACAGAAUCAAGCACGAACCAUCCCAAAGAGAGUCUAGAAAUCCUUGAAACCCCUGAAGGGCCCGAAUCCCCCCUAGUUCCAGAGCCCCUUUGUCCUGCUGAAGAUUUCUUUCAAUCCCUGGAACUACAACAGAAACCAAAUACAAGUGUACCCAGGUCGAAUGUGGAAAAUGAGGCAGUCGAGUCCAAUGUUCCCCUGAUCGCCGGUUUCAUGCCUUCUAUCAAGGAGGCUCAAAAUCGGGAACCCGAGUUUUGGAGCGACUCCAUGGACUUUCCGGAAUCACCCCCUGACCACCGAAAUGCCAAGGCCAAGCCUCACAGCCUUUUGUCAUACAUCAAACCCCCAGGUUCGAGCAAAUCCAAGGUCAAAGAUGUCCUUAUGGCGCCGGUCUAUCCUUCCCUCAGUUUGUCCCCGUCACAAAAUCAGAACGAUUUUAUGCGCCGCAUGAAUCUCAUGAAUGUGACCACAGUGGGUGUGGAGCACGAGGUGGAUGAAGUGGCCAAUCACGCCACACCCCUUGGUGUUCGAUUUCGUUUAUGGCAACCGGAAACCGAGAACGGACCACCUUUUGGAGACGGUCCCGUCGACGAGGAUGCUCUUUGGCGAGAUGUCUUGCCAGAUGAUGUGAUUGGCAUCGAUCAUAGUUGCAAUGAUCCGACCUUAAUGGAAGAAGUGGCAGAACUGAACGAAUCUGAAAAUGGCGAACACUUGUUUUGUCAACCCUGCGAAAAAGCCCUCUCAUCUCGGGAUGUCUUGGAACGCCACUUGAAGAGCGAUUCACAUCUCCUCAAAUCCAAUACCAUUACCACUUCGCCGAGAAAAAGAUUGAUCAAUCUCAAGUACAAGGGUACGGAUGGCCCGGAUCACCCUUUGGCCGAUGGGAUCUGUGAUUCAAAGGCGUGCCUCUCGGUUCAAACGAAUGAUGAAUCCACUGGAGUGAUCCAAUGUCAAGGAUGUUCCGCACAAGUGAAUGCGAACCAGUUUGGCAAGCACCUCAUCUCGCAUUUCCAUCAUCAUCGCUCCAAACUCCGUCGGAAUGAUCCGGUGAAUCGUGCCUUGAUCUUCGAUCACAUUCAUGAUGUAACCAAGUUGGCUCCAUUUCAAUGUGAACCGUGUCGAUUUUUUUGCAAUUGGGAUCACGAAUUUCUGGCCCAUUGGACAUCGGAUUGGCAUCAGCUCAGCCAAUCAUCGGAUACGUUCCAGUAUUGGUGUUCAUUCUGCGAUGUGUUCUCGAAAUCAAGCCAAGGAAUGGGGGAGCAUCUCAAGGGCGAGAAACACCACGACAUUGUGGUGGCCAUUAGUCGUUGUGUUCCAAUCAAGAUCAGGCGAGUGGAACUGAUGUCCUGUUCCAUUUGCUCCGAGGAAUUUCGCCUCAAAUUCGCCCUCAAAAGACACAUGGUCUUGAAGCACAAGCAAAGACAAUUCCAAUUCAACGAUCAUGAACUGUUUGAAUGUGAGCACUGUCCAUUUGCCAAUCAAUCAUUUCGAUCCGUUCAGAGCCAUAGAUUCCUGGCACAUCCGGAUAAACGAUCCAAAUAUCAUUGCCGCAUUUGUCGGAUCCAAUUCCAUUCCAAGAGCGUGUGUGAAAAGCAUCGGAAAUCCUUGGAACAUCGAUUAAAGGCGAGGGAACGCUCCCAAGGACAUGUCAACUCAGUGAUGUGUGACUUUUGUCAAUUAGUCCUGGACGAUCUCAUAGCUCUAAAGACUCACAUUAAAGAUUCUCAUUUGGACAAAAUGAGCCAGUGCGGUCUUUGCGGGCAUAAAUUUGCACUUGCUCAAGAACUGGGCGCCCAUGUCAAAGCUCAAUGCCAAACGAAAGGCGAGAUCACUUCUGGCAGCCUUUUGUGCGGCCAAGACGGGUGUCAAUUCAGUUGCGAUUCCUUGAAUAUGGUUCUUUUUCAUCAAUCCUUGCUUCAUGGGAACCAACGAGAUGAACAAGGGCGAUAUCGUUGCUCUUUGUGUGAUAAAUAUUUCACCCGAUCUAAGCUCUGGGAACAUGUGCGGGUUCACGGGGAAUCGCACCGUUGCGCGGAUUGCUAUCGAAUUUUCAAGACCAAAUGCAACCUCGUCCGUCAUCAAGACCGAAGCGGCCAUGGAAAGGCUUCCAAGAAGGGAUCUCAAAAGCUUCUGAUUUGCUUACAAUGUCCUUAUUCGACUCCAAGUCCAAAAUUGCUGCAACUUCAUGAAAAACGCUCACAUUUCCAAGCUAAGGCGUGCCCAGAAUGUGGCUUAAGUUUACAUACAUUUUCUGGGUACUCUCACCAUUUGAAAUCUCACGAAUCGUCGUCACUGAUCUAUAAAUGUGAGCAGUGCUCGUACGUAGGUCAGUGUGCGUCUGAUUUGAAAAAGCAUGCUGUGAUUCACUUGGAGCGGCUCGAUUUUGCGUGCGAUUUGUGCGAAUAUAGAUGCAAGCGGUCGUCCGAAUUGAAACGUCAUAUCUUGCGGAAGCAUAGUCGAAAUGGUGCGGAUUCCUUCCAAUGCAAUUUAUGCGACUACAAAUCCGGUUCGCAACAACACUUGCGACGCCAUGUUCGAGCCAUUCACGAAGGAUCGAUCCAGUUUCAAUGCCGACUCUGUGAUCAUCUGUGCUCUACGGAAGAGAAUCUCCGCAAGCAUAUCCUCAAGACCAAUAAGCAUCCCAAUGCCUCGGUCUACAAGUGUAGAAUUUGCUCAUUUGCUACCAAUGCCAAGAUCGAUUACAAGAGUCACUUAACGAGCGAUCAUUCAGAUGCAUAUCCUGAUGCAUUCUCAAUCAAUCGCCAUGUCAAAUUAUAUUUUCAACCUAGAAGCUAAAAGAGGUGUCUUUUGACAAGCCAGUUAUCAAUAUUCAGCUUUAUGUUGGUGUUCUUGUUUUUAUCACAAGAUUAAAGAUUAUUAGCAGGA